AUGGCAGACGAUCUAAUCGACUUCAAUGUGAUCGAGCAGCACAAGGAGAACAUCCAAGCGCUUCCCAGUGGCCGCUCUGCCAAAGCACUGGCGCAACUGUACAGCCCACCACUCCUCGGUGCCAACCCGUCACCCGCGUCCUCCAACCCAGAGCACAUCAAAGCACGCGCAGCAUUCGAGACGGAGCUUGCGAACAUCGACGAAGCCGACGACCCUCUGGACGUAUACGAUCGCUACGUGAAAUGGACGCUCGAUGCAUACCCAUCAUCACAAGCCACGCCGCAAUCACAACUCCUGCCUUUGCUUGAGCGCGCGACCAAGGCUUUCCAGUCCUCAACACAUUACAAGAACGAUCCACGAUAUCUCAAGAUAUGGCUACACUACAUUCGAUUCUUCUCGGAUGCGCCACGCGAGGCAUUCGUCUUUCUGGCACGGCACAACAUUGGUGAAGGUCUCGCGUUGUACUACGAAGAGUUCGCAGCUUGGUUGGAGAAUGCCGGAAGAUGGAACCAGGCAGAGGAGAUUUACAAGAUGGGCUUGGAGAAAGAGGCACGACCAGCAGAGCGAUUGAUGCGCAAGUUUGGAGAAUUCGAGCGGAGGCUGGAGGCUCGACCACAAGAUGCGACAGAGCCGUCGAGCCCAGCGUUGCCUUCUGUGCGACCCGCUUUGGCGGCGAAGUUAGAUCCUUUCGCCACUUCUUCACCUGCAACACAAUCGCAAGGCCAAGGGAACGGAGGCAAGAAAUCGAAGAGCUCGAAGAUGGCCAUUUUCUCCGACAGUGAUGAGCCACCGCGACCCGCGUCGGGAGGCAGCGCCAGUGGAUGGGACAGCAUAGGUUCGCUUGCCGACAGGAGGAAGGAGAACGCAGUUGAGGCUAAGCCUUGGGCUGGUGAGAAGCUUAUGGGCGGCAAGACAAACGGUGGCAUGGAGAAGAUGAUGAUCUUCAAAGACCAGUCAUCGCGUUCCGCAUCAAUGCCAAAGCACCUUUCCUAUCAAGCGUCAAGUAGCAAUCACGCGCAGCAGUGCGUGCUAAACGAGAAAAGUGGUAGGCUGGAGUGCGUCUUCGUUAACCUCGAGGCCGUCUAUCCAGAACCGGGUGAUAUGUCGGUGGUGUAUUCAUUUGAAGAGCUACGGGCGAGACAUCGUGGGUGGCAGAGAAAAUAUCGACGGAAGGCAGUGAGUCAAGAGAAGCAUGUCUCCAACAAGUCAUCCACAACACAGCAGCAAUCCCUUCAGUCUGAACAGCCACAUGAGGUGGAACAGGAGGAACAACCACCACAGAAGAAAGGCAAAGAUCGGGGCUUCACGAUCUUCGAGGACACGCCGUUGCAGCUUGCACCGAAGGAGACCGCACCCGACGAUUUGGAAAAGAUUCUGAAAGCUCGCCGGGAAGAGCGGGCGAACCGCACGAGAAAAAUCAAGGUCAUGAACGUUCAGCACAUCAACGAGACGAAGACAAUUCAGCUCAACAUGGAUUCACCGACGGGAAAGAAGAUCAAGAAGCGAAAGUCAAUCGCGCCGGAGCCAACAAUGACGAUCAAUACCAAGGAAGCCAUGGAUGAGAUUUACGGCAUUUUUAACCAGCCACUGCAAAGCACGUCUGAACAGCCUGACGAAGAAGACGAAGAUGACGAAAGCGAGGACGAUGAAGACGACUAUACCACUGGAGAUGAAAGCACUGCCACUGGCAAACUCUCCGCGGCUGCCAGCGAGUACGGUGAUGAGACGAGAAAUGAGUUGAUGAGUGCUCAGCAAGUCGAAGUUGACGAUGGAGCGGAUGUCACUGGCUGGUCGGACUUCACCACGAGCAAGCAUGUUCCGAAGGAAGAAGGGGAACUGACACAAGAUACCCUCCACGACGCACACACUGCCAACGGGGAAGAUCUGACAACGCCAGUCGACGAGGAGGAACCUCGAACGCAAUAUGUCGACGUUCCAGCAGAGGACUACGAUCCUCCUCCUGGUCGUGUCCAGAUGCUACCAAAUCACCGUCUACCUUUCAUGACUCCGAUCGUUGAGCGAACAGAGUCGUCUCUCGGUGCUGCGACGGCAAGGACGGAGAAGGACUAUUUCGGCGGUGCCAAAACUCCUAGUAGGAAGACUGGUGAGCUCGAAGACUUCGACGACGAUGAUGAGCCUUGUAGCAGUCCAUUUCAAGAUGUGCUUGCUGACAUGGACGAAGACAAGCGUAGAGUCCUGCAGCCGAUCCGCACGAAGAGUACCAAAGGAACGAUCGCUCUUGGCGGAGGUACAGCAAAGUCGCAGACAGAAGCGAAGAAGGAGGUGUCGUCGAUUCUGGAAAGUGUACAAAAGGGCCCGAUUAUCAAGGAUGACCAGUGCAACCCCAUGGAUCCUCAUCUGCGGCAGACCAUUCUGUCGCAAAUGAAGCCUUCGUUAUCAUCUUUUGAGGGUUACCAUGAGCACCUGGACGAGAGCUCUGGUCGCACUGCUGAGGUAAAGAAAUACGUGCGAACGCUGUCGAAGUCAAGCAGGAGCAGUGUCAAUGUGGACAAGACAGCACAGACUUUGUCCAUCCCUCCAGUUCUGGACCUCCCUGGAGCGCAUGGUACAUACACCGUCAAGCGAGAACUAGGCGCAGGCACCUUCGCACCCGUCUACCUGAUCGAGAACAGUACCGCGCUCGCCAUGGAAGAGGAAGACAACGCGGAUGAGAACAUGCCUGUCGCGCGAGUGGGCAAAGACUCGCACCGCAAGGGUCUUGAGGCAAUUAAGAUGGAAGAGCCAACCAGCACCUGGGAGUUCUUCAUCCUCCGCCAGUCUCAUCGCCGAUUGGGCGUCACCCGUGCCACCGAAUCGAUCGUGCGCGCCCACGAAAUGCAUCUCUACCGCGAUGAAUGCUUCCUGGUCGAGGAGUUCCGCGACCAAGGCACGCUCCUCGACCUCGUUAACCUUGCGCGCCUGGACUCCGGCAGUGGAGGCGGUAUGGACGAGAUGCUCGCCAUGUGGUUCACGGUCGAACUUCUCCGCGUCACCGAGGCACUUCACUCAAAACAGCUCAUCCACGGUGACCUCAAGGGCGACAACAUCCUCGUGCGCUUCGACGAUCCAGGCAUGGAGACGGACUGGUCACCCACGUACUUCUCGAACGGCGCACACGGCUGGUCGAGCAAAGGCGUCUGUCUGAUCGACUUCGGCCGUGGAGUCGACAUGAAGCACUUCAAGCCUGACGUCGCGUUUAUCGCAGAUUGGAAGACGUCCGAAGCGGACUGCGCGGAGAUGCGCGAACUUCGACCGUGGACGUACCAGGUCGACUACCACGGUCUGGCCGGUAUCAUCCACAGUCUACUGUUCGGCAAGUACAUGGAGACGGUGGGCGAGAAAGGCGGCGGACUAGGUCAGGGCGCGACGAAGACGUACCGCAUCCGGGAGAAUUUGAAGAGAUACUGGCAGACGGAGAUAUGGGCCGAGGUCUUCGCACUACUGCUGAAUCCGCUGACAAAGGUGGAUGCGGAGGAUGGAAGGAAGAUGCCCGUUGUGAGGGGCAUGCGGGCGUGUCGGGAGAGGAUGGAGGCUUGGAUUGAGGAGAACUGUGAGAGGGGCGUGGGCCUGAAGGGUAUGAUCUCGAGGAUGGAGAGUGCGAUCAGGGAGAAGAGGAGGAGAGGCGGCAAGGCGUUGUGA